AGGAAGAGAGAAAAAAAUUAAGAGCGAGGGAAGAGCAUCAGCGUUCAAAACCCAGAGCGAGCGAGAAGCAGCGCGCUACACACACACAGCGUCCAGCUCUGCUGCUGCACACGCCACAUAGAGGCUAACAAAAGGAGAAGCAGCAGAAGACAAAAGGCAUUCACGGGGGGUGCCGAGAGGCAGAUACAUACGAGGACCAAGCACAGCACGGAGCCGCUAUAUAAGCCACCAGCCGGAUGCCGGCAUAGCACCACAGCAUGCUCUCCGCUCUUCCCAGCCUGACAUAGCGCCAGCGUCUCAUGGUGUUUUACCAAGCCUCAGCAUGUCCAGGAGGAAGAUCUCAUCCGAAUCAUUCAGCUCGCUGGGAUCGGACUAUCUUGAGACCAGCCCGGAGGAAGAACCAGAAUGCCCCCUGGCUCGGAUGUGCUGGAAUGGGAGCAAAAGCCCCACAGGGUCUCAGGAUCAGCACCACCCACCGCCACCGGUCCCCGGCCCCAGGAGAGCCACCAGGAGGAGACGGGUCAACCUGGACUCCCUGGGAGAGAGUAUUCGGAAACUGACUUCUCCUACGCCGCAGACUAUUCAGGAUACAUUACAGAGGACACUGCAGUAUUACGAGCAUCAACUCAUUGGCUGUCGGGAUACGGAGAAGAACCUACACAACGCUUCGGUGAAAUGCACGUACGCCGGUCUCUCUGGAAAUGAGGAUGCGGAGGAUGUCUCAGGGAUUCUGCAGUGUACGGCGAAUGUUCUGGGGUUGAAGUUUGAAGAGUUGCAAGAAAGAUUUGGCCAGGAGUUCUUCAGUCUUUGCUUUGAGGAGAAUGAGAGAGUUUUGAGAGCUGUCGGUGGAACACUACUUGACUUCUUCAAUGGUUUCGAUGCUUUGUUAGAGCAUAUUAGGACUUCAAUUGGAAGACAAGUGACUAUUGAAUCCCCCUCUUUCCUAUGCAAAGAGCUUGCCGAGGGGACCUUGGUCCUCAGUUGCUUCCAUCUCCACCACAUUGUAGGGUUCGCCAUGCUUGGUAUGAUAAAGGCAGUGGGGAAGAAGAUCUAUCAACUCAAGGUUGACGUAGAACAAGUCAAUAACGUCAAUGAGAAGUUGUUUCCUGAAAUUAUAAAUCCGGGUAACUGUAAAACUCUCAUCUUUAAGAUAAAGGAAUGUGAAACCGUAACCAUCACAAAAUUACCUCUAGCGCGGUCAUCCCAAGUUCCUUCAGACUUGAGGAUAAGUAUCAACACGUUCUGUGCAGCUUUUCCCUUCCACCUGAUGUUUGACCCCAACAUGGUCAUCCUUCAACUUGGAGAAGGACUGAGGAAACUUAUUAAAUGUGAAGUCCAUAAAGCCUCCAAGUUUCAUGAUAGUUUUGAAAUAGUUUCCCCUAAAAUCAUCUGUACUUUUGAACAAGUUCUCUUGAGACUAUCCACCCCCUUUGUAAUACGGAAUAUCCUAGAUACAUCUGGACUCGAGAACGAGGAAAAGGUGAUGGAAGUUAAAGGUCAAAUGAUCCAUGUCCCUGAAUCCAAUUCCAUGCUUUUUUUGGGCUCUCCUCGUGUUGACAAGCUGGAUGAACUGAUGGGCAGAGGACUUCAUCUUUCUGACAUCCCAAUCCAUGAUGCUACACGGGAUGUCAUCCUGGUUGGUGAGCAGGCCAAAGCUCAAGAUGGUCUUAAAAAGCGAAUGGAUAAAUUGAAAGACACUUUAGAAAAAACACAUCAAGCUUUGGAGGAAGAAAAAAAGAAAACGGUGGAUCUCCUUUAUUCGAUAUUUCCAGGAGAUGUGGCUCAGAUGCUUUGGGAAGGGAAGUCAGUGGAGGCUCGAAAGUUUGAUGAGGUCACCAUGCUCUUUUCAGACAUUGUGGGGUUCACAGCCGUCUGUGCUGAGUGUACCCCAAUGCAAGUCAUUAGUAUGUUGAAUGAACUCUACACUAGAUUCGACUAUCAGUGUGGAUUCCUCGAUAUUUAUAAGGUGGAAACCAUUGGAGACGCAUACUGUGUGGCAGCGGGACUUCACCGAAAGAGCAAAAGUCAUGCCAAGCCAAUAGCACUGAUGGCUUUAAAGAUGAUGGAGCUGUCAGAAGAAGUUCUUACCCCUGACGGAAGGCCCAUUCAGAUGAGAAUAGGCAUCCACUCCGGCUCGGUCUUUGCAGGUGUGGUUGGAGUCAGAAUGCCUCGGUAUUGUCUGUUUGGAAACAACGUCACUCUGGCUAGUAAAUUUGAAUCAGGCAGUCAUCCUCGACGGAUUAAUGUUAGUCCAACGACAUACCAGCUUCUAAAGGAGGAAGAAUCUUUUCAAUUUAUUCCUCGGUCACGCGAGGAGCUUCCAGACAACUUUCCAAAGGAAAUCCUUGGUAUCUGUUAUUUCUUAGAGAUGGAUAAAGGCCAAAAACAGCCAAAGCAUGCUUUCACAACUGUCAGAAUGAGAAAGGUUUCGUACAACAUUGGCACUAUGUAUCUUAGAGAAACAAGCGUAUGAAACCUUCCAAAGUUCAAAGACUAUUAAAAAAGAAAAAAAAAAAAAAGCACAAGCCCUUAAGUGGGUCAAGACAGGAGUGUAGAGAAUCUACUGUGCCAUUAACUGCAAAGAACACAACAGUGAGAACUCUACAUCAAGCCAGGCAAUAAUAACUUAUUUUGUUGGUGAGUCACGGGUGUCCAAAACCCAGCGCGGAGGAAAGAAUCCCCAAUUUCCGUCCCUGGUGUUUCCAUUUGAACAAUAAACCAUCUCACCCCAAAAAUACUCAAUCUAGGAAUCAACAAAAUUUUCCACUCUUCUACUUCUAUUGACAGACUUGCCAUUUUAGGUUCUAUUUGUUACAGUGUUUGUGAUACACAUCAUUUAGCCAUCUGCUUGUAGGCGCAUUGAACAUUCACAAUGUGAAUGGCAGCUACGUACCAGGUCAAAACUUCAUAGCCAAACUCCACAUUGAUGUUUAAUUCUUAGCUGACUUGUAGCUAUAUUAUUUAAAUUUGAAAUAAUACUAUAGAAUCAUUGCUUAUAUACAGAUGUAGCAGAGCUGAAUUUGUCAUUGUACUGCUCCUUUUGGAUGCCGGACCAAUAUCUGACUAUUAACCCUACUUUUAAAUCCAAAAUCUGAACAUCAGAGCUCAGUUCUUCUGUUUCCAAGCCUCCAAUACUCCAUUUUCCUUUACACAACCAUUAAAGGGCCAAAAGCCCCCCCCCCCCAGGUAGUAACAUACUACCUCAAUACAUCAAGUCAAUGAUCCACUUCCCAAGUAGCAAGCAGACAAGCAGCAAGACCAGAAUUUCGUCAUAGCUUGAAAGUUGUUUGGGAAGAAAAGCAUCAACCCGACUGUUUAAGUUGGUCCUUUAAAAUGAGUGAUAAGAUACUGGGUAACUUCAACCACCACUAGGGGGAGCUUCCUGAACAGGACUUGCAUGGAUCUAUAUGUGGUGGCUCUUGGCUGUUAUAAAGGGAACCCCUUACUGUAUACCCUAUAUGAACAUUUAAUGAGAAGGUCCCUUUACCCCAUUAGGGCAUCUGGACACGACACACAAAAUGCCUGGCUGGCCAUGGUUCCCCCAGCAAAAGCUGCUGUUUGUUAGAUGUGAGACCAAAAGCAAUAAAGUAAUCUCCACAGAAGACAUGUUUUAAAAGGGAUUAGAUGAGAAAACGUAUUUAAAGGGAAUGUAUAGUCUAGAUUGUUUUUCUUAACUGAUCAGAGACAGAUACUGAAACAUGUUUUGUUUUUGUUUUUUUCUACACUAUUUUUGGGGCUCUUACCUGAGCUGUUUUUAACAGCAUUUAAAGAUAUGUUUUACAGCAGGACCCAUGGGCAUAGGGAACAAUAGCCAGGAUCUGUCCCAGUCACAUUAAUAGAAAACAUUACUGGGCAUUCUCAGUGACCUAAGCCAUUCCAUGUGGUAAUGGAAAGGCUGAUCUGUGAGCAACAGCUAUUGUGUGUACCUCUGUUAUGGAUACUCUGGUGUCACCUUGCACUGUAAUGCCAAACAGAUCACUUUCCAGCAGCCUCCUUUUUAUCAUCACAUACAGAACAGGAAGUCUCAGCUUAGUUUUAGGCCUGGUGGCAAAACUAAAACCAAAAAAUCUUAAACAAUAUGUUUACCAGAAAAAAAACUUGAUUUAAACAACAGGUCGUUUUCAUUUCCUUUAAAAGUAUGAGAAACUGGUGUUUUAAAGAAAGAAAAAUAUCUCCGACCCCUAUAAAUAUAUAUGCAAUUUUUUAGCGUAAAGAUUCAGAUCAAAAUGGCAAAAUUUCACUUUUUACUCAACCAAAUUUAGUGAGGAAUUGCAUUAAAUUACAAAUUUACUCUGUUACAUUGACCUAUGACCUAUGCUACAUCUGUAGCCCAACAGGGUCAAAAAGAAUUCAUACUAUCAUAGUCUUGUGCAAUGCCGAGCUGUCACCAUGACCCAUCGGAACCAUGUGCUUCUUUUCAAUGUGAAGUUUUUGCUUUCUGGUUGUAUUUAUUUUUAUAUAUAUGUAAGCAAAAAUUUGAAUGGCACGUGUAAAAUGGUGUAUAUUUUCCUUCUGUUCACGUCAAAACGCUACAUCACAUAGAUAGACGGCAAGGAGAUAACUGACCACCAUAGCAUCUGAAUGUAAUUUCUAAAUGCUGUUCUACAAUAAACAGGAAACAUUUUUUUCUGACCAUUUAUAAUGAAAUAUUUAACCUUCCAGAAAUUCAUCGGUGUAUAUAAAUAUACGAGGAAACAUUUUUACAGUUUUAGACAAACUUGUAUCUCGCAUCCUUUCAUAAAAAAAUGUGUAUAGUCAAAGUGAAAAACUCAUAUUGUACAUUGAUCCAUGCAAAUAUAUCAACAACAUUUCAACAUGUCUUAUGUAACUAUUAUGCCAAGGUUGUUAUAAAAAAAAAAACUUUGAUUCCUCCUUUCCCUUGUCACAUGGAGCCUUUACAUGCAUGAACAGGUCAUCGCCUCCCACAAGAUCAGCACGCUCUUCUCACGCAGCUUUCUUCAUUCACACAAUCUGUUUAGCGAUUGGAUGUUCAAUCUCCAACAUUGGCCCUCAUUUACUUAGAAAAUCGGGUUGUAAGUCUAUCUUGCUUUCUUACCCAACUGCUUUUUUCCCCUGGUAUUUAUUAAUAUGUCGCAUCCUGUUUGUCGCACGUGGGUUUUGUUGGUUUUGGUUUCCAACUCCUCUGAGUUGUCGGGAAAAAAUCCACAACAAUUCAACAAAUUCGGGUUGGAAACCUUUAUAAAUACGUGGGAAAGCUCAGAAAUGUCGGGUUACGCCCCUUUUUUGGGUUUGGGAGAAUCCACAUCGGGUCCGUUGGGAAAAAAUGUUGCAUCGUGUCGCAGACUGGCGCACGAUGUCUGCGACAUGGCGCAGACAAAGAUGCGCCAAAAAAACCCGACAAAAAAAGUCGGGUUUAGAAUAGUAAAUGAGGGCAAUGUCAUAAAACUGCAGCAUUGUCCUCACUAAUAUAAGUACAUUAUAAGUAACCAAUAGUAAUAUAAUAACAUUCAUUGAUAAGUCACUGUCCCCCAAAAAAUCAGCACACUCCUCUCCUGCUGCUCUCAUCAAUCACUCAAUCUGAUCAGCUACCUGAUAUUCUAUCUGCACCAACUCUACAAUACUAUCAUGUGCAGCAUUUCCCUCAUUAACAUAAUUAUUUACAUUUAUGGUUCACUGUCUUCAACAAAAGUAACACACUCUUCUCCUGCUGUCAUCAUAAAACUAUCUGGUUAAAUAUAUAGGCCCUGAUUUACUAUUGUAAACCCAACAUCAUUUAUCGGGUUGUGCGCCAGAAAUUCUGUCUGCCCUGACUUUGCGCCAGAAUUGAAAAAAAAAAAAAAAACAGAUCAACUCUCAUUUUAGGUUGUGUUCACACCACGAUUUUACUAUACGGUUUCGGCAUAUGCUUUCAUAAAAAAAUGUAUGCAACCGUACGGAAAAUCGUGCCCAUAGACUUUCCAUUCAAAACCGUACGCAGCAUAAUGUAUGCGGUUGUCUCCGUUUUUCAAACCAUACGUUCUUUAACUUUUUUUUUUUCCGGACAGAAAACAAAUUUUUUUUUUAACAUGGGAGUCAAUGGGAACCGUACAGAACUGUAUGUGCGCAGGGUUCCAUAUGGUUUUAACCAUACGGUUUUUGGCUUUGCUCAUUUAUUUUUCUUGGAAUUUCAAUCAAACAAGUAAAACUUUAUUCAUAAUGGAGUGAAAAGUUAAAAACUUAUAAAUUUUUUUCUUAAAAAAACGGAUGCAACCGUAUACAGAUAAAAAUUUGUACACACGUUUUGACACAGUUUCGUCCGGUUUUGAUGAAUCCGGUUUUUUUUUAUCAAAAACCUGAUACAAAACUGUAUUGCAAAAAACGUGGUGUGAACCCACCCUUACUGAGAAAACCUGAAAAUGGGGCAUGGCCAUCAAGGAACAGGGGGCGUGACAAUCAAAAAGGGGCGUUUCCCUGACAUUUUCACAAAAAAACGAACAUAUUUACUAAGGUUUCCACAGAAAAUGCGGUGGAUUUGAGCUGAGGAAAACCAGAUAGAUCAGAGCAUGUGUAAAAAAAACUGAAUGUAGGGAAAAGUGCAAACUAUAAAGAAACCUUAGUAAAUACUGUGGGGAAAAAAUUGUAGGGAACUAAAACCCACAAAGAAAACUACACAACACUCUUAGUAAAUCAGGACCAUAAUGUUUUAUCUACACCACCCCCAUUGAACUGACCAUCAUAAAAAGCACUUUUCUCACUAACAUCACGUGAAAUAAAAAUUAAUAGGUCACUAUCUCCAGCAACAGUAACCACACUCUUCUCCUGAUGCAGUCACCACUUUAUUUUUGUUUGCUAUAGGGGGGACUAUCCCCACCAAGUUCGUGACACUGUUCCUGUGAUUUGCAUCCCUGUACUUACCAGCAUUUUCACAUAACUAGAGAUCAGUGUCACAGAAGCAGCACACUCAUCUCCCGCUGCUGCUAUAUCAUCAUUUCUUCUUUAUUCCUCAGGCUUUAUUUAGCUACCAAAUCUUCUGUUCCCACUCACUUGAUGACAUUGUCGCUGGCAAAACGCAGCCUUCUCUUCACAAACAUAUUCACAAAAGGUCACUGCCCCCCACAUGAU